AUGGUAGAAGUGUGUGUACAAAUACGUUUCGUUUUUCUGUCGAUGCUAGUAUUGAAAUCAUCGACAUUACAAUGUGAUCUAGAAAUCUACGAGUUUUCGAUGUCCAAUCCUUACCCAGAUGACACAAGUACAGACUUCCUUCAAAAUGUCGACACAGUCGUACGUUUGGCGACAUUCUACGUUAGAAAUAACGGACCGGACGACCUCCCAACAUCCGGGGCAGACAAUAACUAUGACGUGAAAAUGUACAUCAGCGCCAUCAGCGCAAACGGCAAUAUGAUUGACCCUAUAAAGGUCACGACUUUCAACAUCAGCUCAAGUAUAGAUAAUUUGGCGGCGUCCCUGGACAGUACUCUCACCGAUUCGUCGAGUAACCACUUCUUUAUAUCCAGCAAUUAUUUACUGCGAUAUCCAGGUGAAAAAUGCUCCACUCACAGCCAUUUGUGUCUGAUGUUAGUAGAAGACCAAGGUGUGUACACCGACGAUGACGUCACUAAUAAUAUGGCGUGUCUGCGAUUUGCCAACGGACCAGGUGGUAACGCUGCCGGUUUGACAAACUGCCCGCCAGAUAUAAUCCCGUCAUUUCUGCAUAUCUUCUCCGAUGUCUCAAACUUUACCUACGCAAGCCGUACAGAUGUGACAAUGCAACUCAUCCUGAGAAAUGCAGGUGGUGGAAAAAUAGUUUCUGCGAACGAGGCCAAUGAACUAAAAGUUUUUGUUUCCAGUGCCACGGACGAGGAUGCCACAACCGUGUACGAUCUCAGCGGUUCAUUAAUAUAUUUGAACGGUGACGUCAACGCUGUUAUUGGCGAAUGGGCUGAAGUGACCCUUGAACUAAAAGCUACGCUAUACAUACCUUCGUACGAAUGCUAUAAAUACAAGUAUUUCUGUGUCAAGUUCUUAACAGGUCCCGAUGCGACACUUAACGAAGACGACACCAAUAACGUGAUUUGUCACUCGUUCGGUGACGGUAUAGGUUAUAUAGAGUGUCCGGAUGAAACGAUGAAAGCGGCCAACCACGCUGCUACCACACUUUCUGCUCCAAUCACUACACGUGUUUUAACAGUGUUUAUUAUAGCCACGUACCUGACAUAA